UCGGGGAGAGAGGACGGGGAGUCGGCGGAUACAUGGCGUACCCGCCGUCCUUGGUGGUUGCGGCGCAAGUACGGCGAGGCCAUGGCGCUGCCCCGGCCCCCCAUCCGCUGCCCCCACACUCCCGGUUCAAAUUUGAAUCUCCAGCUACCUUUCCCCUUCCUCCUUCCUCCAGCCUCCGAACGAGGUCUCACCCAAGAACUCCAAAUCAGCAGCUCGCCGCGCCUGGAAGAGAGGAUUCGAGCGGCAGGUCUCGCCUAGAUGAUGAUGGGCGGAGUCUCUGAGGGAUUCACCGAGCUUCUCAUCAGAUUGUCAAGGCCAAUCCACGAACUUGCGCCUGACAGGGAACCAAGCAUUCCGAUUCAGGGUUCGGAGACAAGCGCCCGCACUUCUCCGUCCAACUUGAGUUCUGAUUCCAGCAUGCCAGAUACACGGCAAGCCGAUUUUGUGGAGGACGGAGACUGCAGCAACGAGCCCUUAGCAGACACACUGAAUGAUGCACCAUUGGCGGCUGAUUCGCAUACGCCGACAUCAAGCGAGUCCCCUCCAUCGGAACGCUCCUGGAAAAAGAGGUUUCGUCGUGGAGAGAUUCCCGAUUCCAGGGAAGCAAGCACAGGAAAGAAGAGUGCACUAGAGAAUGCCAUGAGGCGAUGCAGGGACAGGUUCUCAGACGCCGUCGUUGAACCAGAGAUAGGGAUGGAGUUUGAUUCGUUGCCUGAAGCAUAUGAUUUUUACAAUAUUUACUCAUGGGAGAUUGGUUUCGGAAUAAGAUACGGGUCGUCGAGGAUUAACCCUGCAAAGAGUAAAAUCAGGCAGGACAUUACCUGUGGGUGCGAGGGGAAACCUAGGCGCCCGAACACAAGAUCUGCUUGCUGCGGCUGCCAAGCCAUGAUUCGUUUGCACAGAACAGAUGACCAUGGAUGGUACAUUCAUGAGUUCCGAAGGGACCAUAAUCAUGGGUUGGCAAUGAACAGCGGCGAAAAGAGGCAAUGGUGGUCACAUAGGAACAUUGACCCACACACAAAGGACCUUGUUAGGAACCUCAGGGACAAUAACGUUGGCCUGACCAAGACCUUCAGUGUAAUCGGUAGCUUCUUCGGAUCAAUGGAAAACAUCCCCUUCAACAAGCGGUCACUGAGGACGCUUUGUGCGAGCAUCAGCCGGGACCAUUCGGACGAUGACAUGAGGAAAACAUAUGAUGUUAUGUCAGAAAUGAAGAUGAAAGACCCCAACUUCCGAGACAGCUGCUUGGUAGACGAUGAAGGGAGGGAGGAUCAGAGCACUCAUGUGGACAAAUGGGAAGAGUCGUAUGCAGUACCAGCAAUUUGGUGAUGCCAUAACAUUCGACACAACAUACCGCACAAACCAGUAUGACAUGCCAUUCGGACUUUUCGUAGGCGUCAACAACCACUUUCAGAGUAUACUCCUAGGCGCUGUUCUCUUGAUGAAUGAGAAUAUGGAGACUUUCGAGUGGGUAUUCAAAGAAUUCGUCUCUCUUAUGGGGGGGAAACCACCCGUCACCAUACUGACAGAUCAGUGUCGUGCCAUGGAGAUUGCUAUUUCUGCUGUCCUCCCUGACACCACACACCGAUGGUGCAAGUGGCAUGUAUUGCGCAAAGCGAAGGAACACCUGGGAUCAUUCUACUCCAAAGCGGCAGGAUUCCGGGACGAGUUCCACAAGAUCCUGGAGUACAUGGUAACAGUUGAAGAAUUUGAGCACGCAUGGUCCAUACUUGUAGAGAAGUAUGGUCUCGAGGAUCACCCUUUCAUAACUCAGAUAUAUGAGGUUAGAGAGAAGUGGGCAAAGCCAUACUUUGCAGGAAUUUUCUGUGCUAGAAUGACAAGCACCCAACGAUCCGAGAGCGCAAACCACAUGCUAAAGGGGUUCGUCCCGCCGGGGUCUUCAAUUAAUAUGUUCAUAAGGCAUUACAGCAAGCUCCAAUUUGACAGGGAUCAGGAGGAGAACUACCAGGAGAUGAGGUCCCGGCUGCGAGGCUCAGUGCUCAAUUCCGGACUUCCCAUUGAGGUGCACGCGAGCAAGAUAUACACGCCAAAUGUGUUUGGCUUGUUCCAAAUUCAUCUGUUCCAAUCUGCGUCGUACAUUGUGCGAGAAGUCAUUGAUGGUCACAAAUUCAUGGUGAAACACGUAUUCUCCGAAAGGAGACAGAAAUGGUCCCGGACAGAGUACGAGGUGACCGCUGACCCCGAGAUAGGUUAUUUCAAAUGUGAAUGCGGGAUGUACGAGCACAUGCGAGUCUUGCGAGAAUGUGUAUGGUUAGC